GCAAUAGAAACGCUUGAAACAAUUUGUGACCACAUUGAGGCUUUAACGCUGGGGACGGCAUCUCUCGGCUACAUCAAGGGGAACGCGCGCACGGCCACGUUGAUUUCGAUCCUCGUGUGGUUGUGGGACCACGAUGUUGACAUCAAGACUGUUCACCCGAAGUUUUACGAGUCUGUCCGCGAGAUACGCGUGGUCAGGUUCGAGUGCGCCUCCCUUUUGAGCCAGGCGCUCCUCAACAUGAAGUUUUCUGUGCGCGGGAGCAUACGAACCUCCAACAACAUUAUCCAGUGCACCAUCAUGAUUAAGAACCUUGCCAAUGCCAACGCGUGCGGCCCCACUGAGUUCGUGAAGAAGUGGAACCAGCAGUCGGGCCAACAGCACAAGUUCACUGCCAAGAGGGUGACGAGCCUCAAGCUGUUGUUCGAGACUGCGCCCCCAGGAGCGCUUCAAUCAAUUCUUGCCCACGUGGAGGAGCACGGCUGGGAGAACUGCUGCUGGAGCGACGACAACCUGUCGAACAAGAAACUGUACCCGGACCACACAUUCUCCACCGGCUCCAAGAAGAACUGGGCUGGGCGCCUCAGGACUUCAGCAGAGAGCAUGCUACUGGCCGUGCAACGCGCGCACACCGUGCACAAUAUGAAGCCGUCCUUCAUGCGGAGGAAGUUUGACAACACGAUGGUGGAGACCAUCAGCAUGCGCGCCGCGUUCGUAUUAUCGGUCGCAGCCGAGUUCACGAGCUGUACCCCUGUGCCGGAGGAGCAGGCGCGCAAGGACUUCGUUGACUCAUGGGCGAAGGGUUCGGAGCAGAUCGAUAUGGAGUUGUCCAGCGUGCUCGCUGAGAUGCCAGAGGACAGUGGUACCAAACUUCAUGUAACAGUAUAA